AUGGCGCCUGGAUUACUCGAGGACCCUGCUUCAAGCCCCGAGACGUCAACGGCGGUCACCAGGGCUGACAGGCGUCUCCCUGUGACUCUCCUCAGCGGUUUCCUCGGCGCCGGUAAGACCACGCUUCUGGAAAACAUCUUGACUUCACCCGAUCACGGCCUGCGGAUCGGUGUCAUUGUCAACGACGUUGGUGCCCUGAACAUCGACGCAGCUCUUCUCUCCACACACGAUGUUACGCGAAAGGAGGAGCAGGUCGUCGCUAUGCAAAACGGCUGCAUUUGCUGUACAUUGCGAGGUGACCUGCUCGAGGAAGUAGCUCGCCUCGCUGGCGACAAGCAGGUCGACUAUCUCGUCAUCGAGAGCUCUGGCGUCAGUGAGCCCAUGCAAGUCGCCGAGACAUUUUCGGAAGAGUUCGCGGAGAUGCACAUAGCCGCAGGCCACGAUCUGGAAGCCGAAACCGAAGGCGACAUUGAGAGCAACAAGCGCUUGGCCGCGAUUCUCAAAUCCGGUGGCCUGUCUCGUGUCGCUCGCCUCGAUACCUGCGUCACGCUCGUCGACGCCGUCAACUUCAUGCAGGAUUUCAACACCGCAGACUUUCUCGUCGACCGCCAGGGCGACACGGUCCCCGAGGAAGACGACCGGAACAUCUCGGAUCUCCAAGUCGAUCAGGUUGAGUUUGCCGACGUCAUUAUAGUCAACAAGUGUGACCUGGUGUCAAAGGAAGAGGUCAAUCGUAUCAAGGGAGUAAUCAAUAAGCUCAACCCAGACGCCAAGACAGUGACAGCAGUCAAGUCUCGUCUCAACCUCAAGGACAUCUUAGACACGAGGCUCUUCUCAUAUGAGAAAGCAGCCCUAGGUGCUGGGUGGUUGAAGAGUCUCUCCGAAGAGAUCAGCCCUGAGACCGAGGAGUACGGCAUUGGCACAUUCGUCUACCGCGCCAGGCGGCCGUUCCAUCCUGAGCGACUGUGGGAGACGAUCAAGUCGGUGUUUGUUGUCAUACAGACCGAGUACCAGCUGAACGGCGAGGGUAUGGAAGUUGACAAUGACGAGAACAGUGACGAAGAGGAGGAAGAUGACAUGGAGGUCGAUGAUGAAGAGCAGCCUCAGCUCGAUCCUAAAGCACGACUGGCCUCCAAGAUGGCGGAUGCCACUUUUGGUCCUUUACUACGCUCCAAGGGAUUCUUAUGGCUAGCAACACGGUCUUCGCUGUUUGGCGAAUGGUCCCAAGCAGGCGUCAUGCUCACUAUCUCCGGUGGUGACCGCUGGCGCUGUGAGGUGCCCGAGGAAGAAUGGCCCAAAGAUCCUCAAGUGCGCAAGGCCAUCACCCGCGACUUUGAGGGGCGAUGGGGGGACCGGCGGCAAGAGCUUGUCUUUAUCGGCCAGCAGAUGCGCAACGGUGGAGAGGAUCGCUUGCGAAAGGCCAUGGACUACUGCCUGCUAAACGACGGAGAGUUCGCCGCCUGGGAGAAAUCAAUGGAGACCGAAGACCCGGACUCGGCGCUAGCAGACCUCUUUGAGGACGGCUUCGAGGACUGGCUGGACGUCGGCCACGAAGGACAUGACCACCCUGACGGGCAUAAGCACUAA